UCCGGUGCCCCUCCUCUUGGAGUCUGCUCCAGGACUCCUGAGUAAAUUCCUGCUAGCUGCACAGGAAAAGCGACUGUAUCUGCUAAUAAGUUAUUUAAAACAUUUACAUAUAUCGCAGAACACUGCUGGGGCCGCCACAAGGUAAUCCGUAUUUCCUCUCGGAUUCAAAAGAUGGGCUCGUAACCAUAUUCAGUUCCCGCAACUAACGCUGCCGCCUCAAUGAGUCACACUGCAAGUUCCCACAUGACAGACUCUGCAAGAACAGGGGGGAGCCUCCUAUCAAGCUUGGGACCGUCUCCAGACAGAAUGCGCUCCCCGGACAGCCUGGCCACCCCCAGCCCGAAAGGGGGAACCCCAAACUCCAGCCCGCCCCUACUGCUAUCCCCAGGGUUUGGGGGAGGCGAGGGGGGAGACUGGGAAGGCCGGGAGGAGCUGCGGCUGCGAGAGCUGGAGGAGGCGCGCGCACGGGCAGCCCAGAUGGAGAAGACGAUGCGCUGGUGGUCAGACUGCACCGCCAACUGGAGGGAGAAGUGGAGCAAGGUGAGGGCGGAGAGGAACAAGGCCCGGGACGAGGUCCGGCAGCUGCGGCAGAGGCUGGACACCCUGACCAAGGAGCUGACCGCGGUGCGCAGAGAGAGGCAGGAGCUCUCCAAUGAGAACGAGCAGCUCAGGCAGGAGACUGGACGCCUCCGUGAUGACAGGACAACCCCCACCACCGACGCUACUACUAAUGCCCAGCCCUGCCUUGCUCUGAACCCGCCCCCCUCCCAGACCCUCAACAACAAGCUGGUCUCCGAGGGGCUGGGGUCUCCUGAGCAGGAGCCUGUGCGGGACGUGGGGACGGAGAAACCUGAUAACAACAAGGAGCUGGAGCUGCUGGAGUCCCUGCUGCGGGCGAAGGUGGCCGAGGGUCCAGAGAACUGGGACGUGCGCAGUGCGGGCAGCCUUCGCUCGCCCCUCAGUCGUCAGGACCGCAGCCGGCUGCUCUGGGACGACGUGUCCGUCAUUGAGGAGGACACCAGCAAGGUCAACGCCCUCCAACUGCGCCUCGACGAAUCACAGAAAGUCCUGCUCAAGGAGAGAGAGGACAAGCUGUCUCUCAGUAAGAGCAUCGAGAAGCUGGAGGCUGAGCUCAGCCAGUGGAAACUCAAAUACGAGGAGCUCAGCAAGACCAGGCAGGAGACCCUCAAACAGCUGAACCUCCUGAAGGAGGUGCACCAGGAUGAGCUAGGCCGCAUGUCAGAGGACCUGGAGGAUGAGUUGGGCGCCCGCUCCAGCAUGGACAAGAAGCUGGCUGAGCUGCGAGGGGAGAUGGAGAGGCUGCAGGCGGAGAACGCGGUGGAGUGGGGGCGUCGGGAGCGCCUGGAGACGGAGAAGCUGACGCUGGAGCGCGACAACAAGAAGCUGCGCACGCAGAUCGAGGACCUGGAGGAGCAGCUGGCGCGCAAACGCAAGCAGGCGGCCAGCGCCCUCGACACCGACCUCAAGAGCAUCCAGAGCGAGCUCUUCGAAAGGAGCAAGGAGCUGUCAGACAUGCGGCACGUCCACUCCAAGUUGAAAAAGCAAUACCAGGAGAAGAUGGCGGAGCUGGCCCACGCCAACAGGAGAGUGGAGCAGCACGAGGGGGAGGUGAAGAAACUGCGACUGCGCGUUGAGGAGCUCAAGAAGGAGCUGGCCCAGGCAGAGGACGAGCUUGACGAUGCUCACAACCAAACCAGGAAGCUCCAGAGGUCCCUGGAUGAGCAGACCGAGCAGUCGGAGAACACCCAGGUGCAGCUCGAACACCUGCAAUCCAGGCUGCGUCGGCAACAAAACCCAUCUCUGUUUGAUAAGAUUCGGAGCGCCAGGUUCAGCGAGGACCCAAAUGAGGUGGCCAGUGAUCCUGACGAGGAGGAAGAGGAGCUGCAAAUCCAGAUUCCCUAGUGGACAGACUCUCUGUGAGGCGUCAUCGACCUCAAACACACACACACACACACACACACACACACGGGCCAGGUGACCUUCUAAGAGCGCUGUUACUCUCGUCAAUGGCUGACAAACUGGCGGACCUGCUUAUAGUGCUGGUAUUGUGGAUGUCUGAGAGAAGAUGGCACAUGUUUUGUGUGGCAGCCGCCCACUUUGUUUAUCAGGCCCUUCUGGGAUAUGUUUGCCCACCAAGGUCACUGGCUUAUAUCCUUCUACAAUAUUGCUUUUGGGAAAAAAAGUCUUCAUGCUGGCUUUUCUGUUUUCUCAGCUAGUGAAACUGUAAAGGGUAUAAAUGACCUUGUUGAAAUCCCAGGGUGCUGGUUAUGUUUAAACCACGCCUGAGGCAUCCGUACUGAGAUUGCACACAGCUCAGGACGCUCCUGCAGGUUCAAACUGUGAUUCAAGUGGUGUCCGAGAGGGUUAUCUGAAAUGCAUCUCUGAUCUGUGGAUCAUUUCUACUGACCUCCUAGAAACCAGCAGCCAGCAUGUCGGCAACAUUGCUGUGGCCCAAUGUGUGUAUGUAAUGAUUUAACUUUGAAACUGAUGUUUGUGCUGAAUUGGAACGACAGGCGUCGGGAGACGGCACAUUCAAAAGCAAUAAACCUUCAAGUAUUAUUAUUAUUAUUAUUAUUAUUAUUUAUUUCUUAGCAGACACCCUUAUCCAGGGCGACUUACAAUCGUAAGCAAAUACAUUUCAAGUGUUACAGUACAAGUAAUACAAUAAGAGCAAGAUAAAUAAAAUUACUUUGGUUCAAGCAAGUACAAGUGUGACAAAAUACAAUUCAAUACUACAGCAGAUAACAGUGACAGUUACAUCAAGUAUAUUUAAAAAUAAUGAUGCUGUUAGGGGACCAAGCCAUUGUCACUGUUACAAUGGACAUUAUUGAACUUUUAAUGAUUGUUAUUACAUGUUCUAUUUACCUGUAUAAAUACUUGGAUCCAGUAUGUGCAGUGCUCUAGGGUGGUGAAUGCACCUCUUCACCUGGUUCAUUGUAAUUGAGGUUGUAUAUUUUUAGGGGAUGAACACUGACCCCCAUAUUUCCCCCCUUAAGAGUGUUCCUUUACAUCUGCAGGUGGAGUCUAUAGUGACAGAUCUUUUGAAGUCUCAGCAAUAAUAGAGCAAGACUUUCUGAAACACUGUACAGAAUGUUUGCACAAUAUCAGUGCAUUGAAAUUGCAAGCUGCUCCCUAACAAAUGUUUGAACACACAGGGGGUUACCUGGUCCACUUCUUGGAAAUGAGGACAUAAUUAUCUGAUUACAGGCAUGUGAGGUCAUUAUUGACCGCCCCCACAGGCAACAGCUGUUACCACGGAAACUAGAUAAAUCAGGCCAUGGCGGAAAUCAGGCUCUUGAGAGAGAGAAAUGGAUAUAUACGUUUUUAAUUAAAUUUAAAAUACUCAAGUGCUGUUUAUACGUGCAUUUGCUAAUGUCUAAAUCCAACCCUUAUUUGAUGGUGGUGUAUUGUGUUGUCGUCAACAACAGAAUAGUCACCGGCAAAUGUGUUUUGAUAAAAAGUAGAUGCUGCUGACAUCUGGUCAAAACUGCUUCCAGCUACCCCUGGAGGUUGACCUCAGAUGGCAACCUCCAAUCAGAUCACAGAUACAGCAUACACGAUUGUUACAUUUUUAAAUGUAUCUGAAUUAAGAUCAACUUCUGGCAGACACCAUCACCAUAAUCCACUUUAUUCUGAUAUUGACUAUCAGUUUCAAUUUCAUAAAAUUACCCUACAAUUAUGAGGGGAGACUCAUUUCGGGGUAGCUGUUGCGAAGGAGCAAAUAUUGUUAAAAGGAACAGUAGAAUAGAGUAGCAACCGACCAGAGCUGGCUAAUGAUCUAAAUGUCUUUACAUGACCUUUGUAUAUUAUGUGAUUGUGCAUAGGACAGUGAUCCAUAGUGGGUUAAUGUCGGAGCUCCUCCUUUGUUUAUGGGAGCAGGGGGAGGGUGGUAAAUCCAUGCAUUGUUACUCUGUAAAUGUGCCCCGGAGGAUGUGGUUUUGAAUCUCAUUUUAAUUUGCACUCUGGUCUUACUCAGGGUGUAGGUAAAUGCAUUAUAUUACUGGAUUGCAAUAAAAUGAAAGAUCAUUGUGCUGGCUUUCAUCUUGCAGGUGGACUGAUGUGGAGGUAACAGCAGACUUGCAUAUAAACCCGUUCUGAGUAUUUUGAUAUGGAAUAUCAAACGAUUAAAUGAUUUAAGUUUUGUUUUAAGGUGAUUGUUUUUUUUUUCAAUAUUGAGGGGUGGAUACAAUAACAAAAAUUAUGUUCUUUGUUAGCGUUCAUACAUAUUUGUUAAUGAUCUUACCUUUGAAAAGGUUAAAGCAGCUAUUCUAACCUGAAGAAGUUCUGCUCUGUCUCGCUUGCAUGCGAUUCUGUCACAACAGAAGCUGCUGUUUGCGUCACACAUCUGCUAACACGACUGGAGUAUUGCUGCUGGCAAUCUUUAGCAGCAUUACACCAGUUGUUUCAUACAUUUUUGAAGCCAUACUCUAUGUACUUGCUUUGUGAACAGCUUGUACUAUAAACCACAAUGGCUGGCUUGGAAAGGUGCAUUACAAUUAGCAACACAAUCUCAAGGAAGACUUUAUAGAGCCCAUAGGAGAGCUAUGUCAUUCCAGACCUCCAGACCAUUUUUCCCCCCAGUAAACUGCAGUGGGAUAUAACCCAUCAUUCCAGUAAGUUUAUUAUGGCAUAACACUAACUAGCAUCCUUUGACUGUCUCACGUAAUCACGAGGCUCUGCAUUUCCCACCCGACAUUCCAGAGAAACAUAUGCAUGUAGUUUAAAGCAUUGCUGGCAUUUCAGUAGUCAACAUUGUGAAGGUGUCCCUUUUACUAGUUAUUGCCUUGUGUUUGAUAACCCAACCAUCCAUAUAACUGCAGUAAUACACUACAGGCAAGCUAGACGUUUUAAAAAUGGCUUUUAUUGCAACAACCAAGACCCAGAAGAACAGCGAUUGUCAUCUGAAAUGGGGAUUUUUUUUUUGUAUAUUAUUAUUAUUAUUAUUAUUAUUAUUAUUAUUAUUAUUAUUAUUAUUAUUAUUAGUGUUAAUUGUAAUACAGUAUUCUAAUUUGAACGGCUCCCUUACUAGUAAUGUGUUUUCAGAUAAGUUCCUGUUUAUUUAUUGUUGUUGUACAUCUGCUUCAGCCCAGUGUUGUAAACUGUUUGUUUCAUAUUAAGAACCGAUGUAUAAGAUAUUACAAAGAAAGGGUGCUAGGUCACUAAGUUCUGUUUUUAUACUUUUUACGUACUGUGUCUUGAACCAAAGAUUCUGCUAUCUAUCUUGCUGUCGCUUCUGUUGAAUCGUGUUUGUUUCUCAUGCUUCCUGGGGGUGCUCAAGCACUACAGACCCACACUGUGUGCUGAUUGCAUUUGCAGAAAGAAAAAGCAAAUGCUUCUUGCUAUUUUUAUAACAUUGUUUUUUGGCUGGUAGGUAAACUCUACACCGGUGCAAAAAGAAUGAAAACGCAAGGCCUUGAUUACUUUUAUAUCUGUACCAGUUGAUUUUCUGGAGCUUGGAACUGGCUACUCUACUUUAAAACACAUACACACACGAUACUAAACACUACUAAUCCAGAGUAUUCUAUGUAUGUUAUGUAUCUUAAAAAGUAAUUAUAUAUUUUUUACUGUUUUACUUUUUUUGUACCAAUCCCUGAAAAAAAUCAUUUAAUAAAGGUGAAAAGUCUUCA